CCAGUACAUAACAUCAUCACACAUCCCAACAAGUGACUUUCAAAAGUUAACUAUAUCAAAUUUGUGCUAUUUAACCAUCUAAAGAUGGCGAAUGAUAUUGCUGAGCAACAAAAACUAAUUGAAUUAAACAAACAAUUGAUCGAGAAAUUUCUCACCUACAUGAACAAUAAGACACCAGAUGCUGAAAAGAUUAAAGCCACGCCGAUAUGCCAAUUAAAAAUGACUGUAAAGAAUAUUGUGGACAUCCUUAAGGAUAAACCCAACCUAAAGAAAGUUGCUGAUAAGCACAAGAUUAAAAAGAUAAUCAAUACGAUGACAGGAAUUUUUGAUAACACUAAUCAAGAGGACAUUGAUUUCAAGAAAUAUAAAGAAGAAAUGGAGAAAUUCCAAGAAGAACAAAAGAAAGAAUCAGAAGCUAACAAAAGAAAAAAGGAGGAAUCUACUGCAAAUGCCAAAAGCUAUAAUUCAGUCAAAAAGAUCAAAAAGAAUUACAUGUCUCUAGAGGAUGGAGCUAUUCCCAACCAUUGGUUAAAAGUGACUGAUAACGAAUUGAUGGAACCAGUUCUUUUUGUUGAAGCUGGAGAAGAAAUGACACCGUUAGAAAUCAAGAAUCUGAUUGAACUCAAUAGAAUUGAAUUCAAAAUCACUUCAGAAAUAACGAAACUAAAAGCCAAUGAUGAUAAGGUAAUUGUUAGAUUCUCUGACGCAAAACAAAGAGAUUUCUUUAAAAAAGAAAUCAAGAAAAUUAACAAAAAAAUAGAAGCAUAUGUACCAGAACCUUUCGAACCAAUGAUCCGCUUACAUAAUCUUCCUAAAGAAUUAGAUGUUAAUACCUUCAUCGAAGAUAUCAAGAAGUACAAUAACUUCAACAAAAAAGACAAAAUUGAACAUCAUUCUACAACAUCUUCGAGAAAUCCCAACAAAUCAGAUUAUAUCUUGAGGGUUACCCCAGCUAUUAGAGAUGAGGUAGCAAGAAGAAGAGGCUUGCUCCUCUACAGAUGCUCCAAAGUCAACGUAACAGAUUACUUCAACAUUAUCCAAUGUACCAGAUGCUUCAAAUAUUCACACACAAAAUUUUUUUGUGGAUCACAAAGUAAAUGCAAAUAUUGCUCACAAUACCAUUUGUCACACACUUGUGAGUCUAAAGACAAACCACAGAACUACAAAUGCCCUGCCUGUGACCAACCUGGUCACAAAGCAGGACAUAAAGACUGCCCCAAGCUACAAAAACAACUUAAAUACGCCACCACACUAGUUAAUUAUCACUACUCGUACAUCAUUAUGUAAAAGAAAAUGAAUUUUUCUACCUUUCUUCGUUAUGCUACUCAUUUCCAUAAAUUAA